AUGCCCAAGGCUACUACUCCAAAGGCCGACCGGCCUGCCCGUCGCCAUAACCCUCUCGAGAACGAUAUUCUCGCUACUGGUCUCUUGCGCAACAAGCCCACCAAAAAGAAGUCAAAGAACAUUGAGGAUGCCGAUGAAAGCUUUGUCGAUUCCAAGGCCUCAAAGAAUAUCUUGAGGAUAGGUCGUGAGUUAGCUGAGGAGGAAAAUUCUGAGAGAGCCUCUUUUGCUCCUGAGCCAACCAUCGACUCCUUCGGGUACGACUCUCGAUUCGACGACAAGCUUGAUAGUGAGGAAGUCAAGACAUAUGACGAUGAUGACGCCUGGGGUGAUGACGACGAGGUUGUGGAGGAGAUUGAAGUCGACCCUGAAGAUCUUGAAAUGUACAAGAAGUUCAUGCCCGACGAGGAGGACGAUCUAUUGAAGCAUGGUUGGGACCUCAAGCCCUCGGGCGACGCAGUUGAAGGCGAAAGCCGCAACUUGGCAGAUAUCAUUCUGCAGAAGAUCGCAGCGCACGAGGCUGCUGAGGCUAGAAAGGAUGCCGGCGUGCCAGUUGACGAUUAUGAACUACCCCCCAAAGUAGUUGAGGUUUACACCAAAAUCGGAGAGAUCUUAUCGCGCUACAAGUCAGGUCCAUUGCCGAAGCCAUUCAAAAUCCUCCCAACUAUUCCCCACUGGGAGGAAAUUCUCGAAAUUACCCGACCAGAUCGUUGGACACCAAAUGCUUGCUUCCAGGCAACCCGAAUUUUUGUUUCUCAUAAGCCAAUUAUCGUGCAGCGAUUCCUCGAAAUGGUGGUCUUGGAAAAAGUCCGUGAAGACAUUUACGAAAACAAGAAGUUAAAUGUUCACUUGUUCAACUCUCUCAAGAAGGCACUGUACAAGCCUUCUGCUUUUUUCAAGGGAUUUCUCUUCCCGCUUAUUGGCAGUGGUACCUGCACCCUGAGAGAAGCCCACAUCAUCUCCGCUGUACUUGCUAGAGUCUCCGUCCCAGUUUUGCAUUCUGCUGCAGCUCUCAAGGGUCUUUGCGAGAUCGCUGCCCAAGAAGCCUCCCAGGGAAGCGAAGGUGGUGGUGCUACCAACAUCUUCAUUAGGACAUUGUUGGAGAAGAAGUACGCUCUGCCAUACCAGGUCAUUGACGCUCUGGUAUUUCAUUUUCUUCGAUUUCGUAGCGAGGACCCUGCCAGCGUCCAGGAAGGCGAUGCCAUGGCCGGGGUGUCCGGUGAGGGAGACGUCAAGACGAAGUUGCCUGUUAUCUGGCAUCAAAGUCUUCUAGCAUUUGCUCAAAGAUACAAAGGUGAUAUUACCGAAGACCAACGUGAAGCACUUCUGGAUUUGCUCCUAGGCCACGGCCAUUCUGCCAUUGGUCCGGAAGUGCGACGAGAACUGCUGGCGGGACGGGGACGUGGUGUUCCCUUGGAACCCCAAGGUGAGGCUCUGGAUGGCGAUGAUACCAUGGCAGUCGACUCUUAA